AUGCUUCUUGUACUUCUCCUGCUCUCCUUAAACGCUCCGACGGUGGUCCACGCAGCACCUUUUCGCGCCAGAGCAGCAGUAGCACCCCAAUACUCGAUCGAAUGGUCCAACUGCACCGAUAUCAACCUCCCGAAUCUCCAAUGCGGAACCAUGCAGGUGCCGCUCGACUGGUCCGCCCCCGGCGGUGCUCAGAUCAGCCUCUUCAUGACCAAGAUCAAAUCCACCUCGACCAACAGCAGCCCGGGCAAGAGUCUGCUCUGGAACCCCGGUGGUCCCGGAGUCACGGCGAGCAUAACGUGCCAAUUGAUCGGGGCGGGUCAGAUCGAGUACUUUAGCCCGGCUCUGUACGAGCACUUCGACAUCAUAUGCCCGGAUCCCCGCGGUGUAGGCCAGAGCACGCCUGUGAAGUGCGACCCGGCGAUAUACAACCAGAUGCCGCAGCUCCUUGUUGGCGACGACGCGGCUGCAUUCCAGAAACUGGCCAACUGGAACCUGGCCUUUGGCAACAGUUGUCUGAACAUGACGGGGAACCUGCUCCGCCACGUCGACACCACCUCCGCCGCACACGACCUGGAAGCCAUCCGGCUGGCCCUCGACCAGGGCAAGAUGAACUGGUUCGGUAACUCGUACGGCUCACAGUUGGGGGCGGCGUAUGCGGAGCUGUAUCCUCAGAACGUUCGCGCACUGGUGCUGGAUGGGGUGUUGGACCACAGUCUCUCCGAGACCGUGGCGUUUUCGACCCUCGGGACGACAUAUGAAGCCGAACUCAACCGCUGGUUCCAGUGGUGUCAGGCAAACACCUCGUGCGCCCUGUACGGACAGGAGAACAUUCCCCAGGUGUUCGACAGCCUCGUUGCCCAAGCAAAUAGUGCCCCGAUUCCAGCCCCGGGCUGCUUGAACACCUCAGACACCCCCUCCGCGGGCACCUGCCAGGCCAGUGUGACGGGGUACGACAUGAUCUUCAACGCCCAAGGCGCCUAUCUGUCCGACCCCCGUCUCACAGGAUGGGUGACCUUCGGCGUCGCGCUCAAUCAAUCCCUGUCCGGCAAUGCGACGUUAUUGUCCAAUGCCGUGGAGACCGGCGUGUCGAACGAUGCCUUCUCCGGCAUCGCCAUCGGCUGCCUGGACUGGACAGCCAAGCAUAGUCUGUUCCCCGAACACCAGGCGCUGCAGCAGCUCGGCUCGGUGGUGUCACCGCACACGCUGGGCGCGAACCAAUUCUUCCAGUACAGCAGCUGGUGCUUCAACUGGCCGGUGCCGAUCGCAAAUCCACCGCACGCGUUGAAUACCUCGCAGGUGGCACAGUUGCCGUCCGAAUCGGUCCUGCUAGUCAACGCCGAAUACGACCCGGAGACAUCGUACGUAUGGGCACAGGGGGUGAAGGAUCAGCUGACAACCUCUGCUCGAGAUGGGGACGACAAGGCGCUGGUGUUGACGAGAAGAGGCGACGGACACACCAGCUACGCCAUACAGGGCCAAGCUGCGAGGAUCAUGGACGCGUUCUGGGUGAACCGGACGGUGCCAGGCAACGGGACGGUGGUUGACUCUUGA